CGCUCCUCGCUCCACGGAGGCCACGGCCCCCGACCGGAAACGCGCGAGUUAAUACGCACAUUACGCGCGAGGGCCGGUGCGUGCCCGUGACCCGAAACGCUCUCCUUGCCUUCCUUCCUCCCCGCGGCUUAAAGCGUUUCCCUUUCCCCGCUCGCACGCACGGCAUCCUCCCACCUAGCUCGCCGGCCGACUCAGAUCUCGCCCACCGCCACCGCCCCCCCAACUGUCUUUGUACCUCGCCGUCGAGCUCGCAUGCUACACCUCCAGCACGGUGGCCCCCAUCCACGAGCUGAACUGGUGUCGGUGCGCCAAACUACGCGCGCGCAUUUGCUCCGGCCUGCAGGGACACUCGAUCUCUUCUCUCCGCGUCGGGGCGUGAUGGUCCAGUGAUCCAAGGAGUCGGUUUUUUCUGCCGGUGAGUGUUGCGGCGUGUUGAUUCUUGGUUGAUUGUUUGCUGGAUCGGGUGGUGGAGUGGAGGGGAGGGGAGGGGAGGGGAUGGGCUGCACGGGGUCCAGGCACGCGUUCCGCGGUGGUGUCCGGGGCGGCAAGUCGGCGUACGCGCGGAGCCGCUCCGGUCCGGCCGCCGUGCACCACACCGUCUCGCUCAAGUCCUCCACGCUGGGGUCGCUCAGCCUCGAGAGGGACCGGGACGAGGAGAUGAUGAAGUGGCGCGACGACGGCGGCGCGGCGAAGACCACGCCGCCGCCACAGAAGAUGGCGAGGCGGCAGAGGCAGUUGGUGCUGGCCACUGCGCCGGCCAAGACUCCGGUCCGCGAGCCGGAGGUGAUAAAUGUGUGGGAGCUCAUGGAAGGCCUGGAUGACAAGGAUGAGGACGGUAACGUCCGCGGCGAGGAGCGACGGGAGCGGUCGACGCCCGGGUCACCGGAGUUUGAUCCAGACAUCAUCGCCGCUUUCCGGAAGGCGCUCGACGAGGUUCCCCCUGCUGGGGAUUGCCCUGGCGACGAGGUGUCCGUCAAGAAGCGCGAAAUACAGAGGUUUCCGGGCAUCGUGCGCGAGCGGGUCAGUGCGUUCCAGAAGAAGAUCGAUGCGAAGCUCGCCAAGAUGGCGCCAUCGCCUCCGUCACCGCCUCCAGAGCCACAGCCUCAGCUACCGCCGCCGCCGCCGGAUAGCGACCGGAAAGUGGUGCUGUACCUCACCAGCCUCCGCGGCAUCCGCAAGACAUACGAGGAUUGCUGGUCGACGAAGGCCAUCCUACAAGGCUACGGCGUGCUCGUCGACGAGCGCGACCUGUCGAUGCACGCCGGGUUCAAGGAGGAGCUCCACGCCGCGCUGGGUGCACCGGGCACCCUCCCGCAGGUGUUCGCCGACGGCAGGCACCUGGGCGGCGCCGAGGAGGUCCGGCGCAUGCACGAGUCCGGGGAGCUGUCCAAGGCUCUGGGCGACUGCGACAUGGCGCCGCCGAGCUCCGCCGGCAAGGGCAUUGCGCUGGACACGUGCUCCGGCUGCGGCGGCGUCCGGUUCGUGCCAUGCGAGGAGUGCUCCGGCAGCUGCAAGGUGUUCCUGGAGGAGCUGGACACCUUCCGGCGCUGCCCCGAUUGCAACGAGAAUGGGCUCGUUCGCUGCCCGCUUUGCUGAAAUCUCGAGCCUUUUUGCGGGAUCUGACGAUCUGUAGUGUGAUUUUGUGAGAUGUUUGAGGGUGUUUGUAUUAGCGUAGAGCGUGUACAGGGGAAUUACACGGCUGUUUCAUAGGACUGAUGAAGUAACACUAUUGGUAUUGCUGUAAUGAUCUUAUUUAUAUUUU